AUGGAAGGAAUAGACUAUGAUCUGUCAGACGUUUCGGACUUGAGCUCCGUGCCCUCGUCGUUGCGGUCCACGCCUGAGCCGGCCACCCGGUACCUGACGCCGUCAUCCCAGGACGCUGAGGAUUCGACGCGCCAAGACUGCCCUCCGCCCGCGAAGAAGCGGAGGCGCAACCCCCUGCCCAAAGAGCGCACCACGCAGUAUCUCGACCUGUCCAAGUCAUCUUACGAGCAGCAAGAUCAGGUGAAACUGCUCGUCGACAGCCUCCGCCACCAAAAGGACAUUGUCGCCAUUGCCGGCGCCGGCAUCUCCACAUCGGCGGGUAUCCCCGAUUUUCGCUCCACUGAUGGCCUGUUCAAGUCCUUGCAGAAGAAGCACAACCUCAAGGCUUCCGGCAAGCUACUCUUUGAUGCUGCCGUCUAUCAGGAUGAUGCCCUGACCGGCCCCUUCCAUGAAUUGGUGCGGUCGCUGUCGGUUGAAGCGGCCAAGUGCCAGCCCACCAAGUUCCACGAAAUGCUCGCCAGCCUCGGGAAGGAGAACCGGCUCAAGCGACUGUACACCCAGAACAUCGACGGCCUCGAGACGUCAAUGCAACCUUUAGAGACCGAGAUCCCUCUCAGCGUCAAAGGUCGCUGGCCGAUCACAAUCCAACUCCAUGGCAGUAUCACCAAGAUGGUGUGCCAGAAGUGUCGCCAUCUCCAGAACCUAGAACCGGAAAAGUUCUGUGAAGCCGAUCCACCUGAUUGCGAAGAAUGUGCGGGCAAUGACCGAGCCCGAAUUGGAGCAGGUCAACGGAGCCACGGUGUUGGGCGCAUGCGCCCGCGUAUCGUCCUCUAUAACGAACAUAACCCCGACGAAGAGGCGAUCACAUCCGUCAUGAAUGCUGAUAUCAAGUCCCGCCCUCGCGUUCUCAUCGUUGCAGGUACAAGUCUGAAGAUUCCCGGUGUCCGACGCCUUGUGAAGAGUCUAUGCACGGUCAUCCGUAGCCGCAAGGACGGCGUGACUAUGUUCAUCAACAACGAGCCGCCCGCAGGCAAGGAGUUUGAUAAUUGUUUUGAUCUCAUUGUACAAGGCUCUACCGACGAUGUGGCGGAUCUGGUCAAGCUGAAGAGCUGGAAGGAUCCCCAACCCUACGCCAUGCCGCUGCCAGAGCCGGUAUUUGGAAUCAAGCCUGGCUCCGACGAGGAGUUCUCCUCUUCCGAUUCCGAACAGAAGGUGGCUGUGGUCAUCACCUCCACACCCAAGAAGCGUCCUCGCAUCGAUACUGGCUUGAUGACGCCGUCCUCCUCUUACGAUGAGCAACCCGUGGCUAAGAAGCUCACCCAGCGAACCAUCACCAACCCAGCCAGCAGCGGUAAGAGCCUCAGCAGCCUACUCAAGAAAGCGGAUGGCAAGGCACCUGCGCCAGCCAAGGGAGGCCGCAAACCCGCGGCAAAGGCUGGACCCAAGAAGCGUACCGGCAAGCCCAAGGCCGCGCCUCCCGCUACCCAGUUAAUUUCCUCCUUCGCCACAGUCAGCAAGGCGAACAUGGUCUCCGUCACCAUCGACAAGAAGAUUGACCCGGCCGAGCCCAUGCGUUGUCUGCCACCUGGUGCAGCUCGAGCUAAUAGCUCAAUCAAACCAUCCCUGAUAUUCCCUGGACUCAAGGCCGGCGUUGACGCGCACCCAGUCGAGGAAGUGACCACUGCAUCCUCCUGA